CCAGACGCAUCCAGUUUUCCAACUUUACAGUGUUCUUCAACAAGAGAUUGGAUUUUAACGGAUCAGAUGCGCAAUGACGGUAAAACGCGUGCUAUUCAUGAGCAGCUCAUAAUUCAUGGAUGUAUAUCCAAGAGGAGCCGCAUCAAUGUUAGUCAGGAAAAUUAGAAAGAGGAGAGGCAUUUUUCACAUGGACAAACAAGCCAUCUCUCCAGACUUUGCCUGCGCGGCUAAGAACUGCUUAGGUCCCACGGUGGAUUUUCACCUGGAUUAGAUUCAUUUGAAACAGUGGAACAAGAACUCAGACAUGGAUAUCAGCAACAACUCCCUGCGCUAUCUCCAUGCGGAGUUCAACCCUCUGGCCGAAAUCCUGGACGACAACGAAACCAACUCCACGCGCGGAGAGCGCAACUUUCUUAACUGCGUCCAUAUCCGGGUCCCUCAGGAACUGUUCCUGACGCUGGGUUUGAUCAGCCUGGUGGAGAACAUCCUGGUGAUCCUGGCCAUCAUCAGGAACCGCAACCUGCACUCCCCUAUGUACUACUUCAUCUGCUGCCUGGCAGUGUCCGACAUGCUGGUGAGCGUCAGCAACGUGGUUGAAACCAUAUUCAUGCUCUUGAACGACAACGACCUCCUGGAUGUGCACCCAGGCGCGCUGCGUCACCUGGACAAUGUCAUCGACGUGAUGAUUUGCAGCUCCGUGGUUUCCUCUCUCUCCUUCCUGUGCACCAUCGCCGCAGACCGCUACAUCACCAUCUUUUACGCGCUGCGCUACCACAGCAUCAUGACCACGCACCGCGCCAUCACCAUCAUCGUACUGGUUUGGCUCACCAGCAUCACCUCCAGCAUCCUCUUCAUCGUUUACCACACCGAUAACGCCGUAAUCGUGUGCCUGGUUACCUUCUUCUGCGUAACCCUGGUGUUCAACGCUGCGCUCUACCUGCACAUGUUCGUGCUGGCCCACAUACAUUCCCGACGCAUCACUGCGUUUCAGAAAGGCCGGCGCCAGUCCACGAGCAUGAAAGGGGCGAUCACGCUCACCAUCCUGCUGGGAGUCUUUAUUUUUUGCUGGGGACCUUUCUUCCUCCACCUCUUCCUCAUCCUCGCCUGUCCAAGCAGUCCCCUCUGUAAAUGCUUUUUUCAGUACUUUCACCUUUUCCUCAUCCUCAUCAUCUGUAACUCCCUCAUUGACCCGCUAAUUUACGCAUACAGGAGCCAGGAGCUGCGUAAAACCCUAAAGGAGCUGGUCCUGUGCUGUUGGUGCUUUGGCAUGUAACAGUCGUUUGCAUCGGGGGAAAUUAAGGCAAAUUAGGUUCCCACGUGACUCUUUAUUGAUAUAAUUGUUGCCAUGUGAAUCUUAAGAUCAUGUUUUAUUUGGUGGAUUGAUCCACAAGGUAAGCGCAACAUAGGGCCAAUAAUAACAUUUCCUAGUGCCAGCAUGGAGCUGGAUGAGUUUUAUCUGGAUAUCCUGCCUUAUUCAUUGAUGCUUGAUGCCUAUUGAUUAAUGCAGUUUCCAACAUUUAUCUUUUACAUAAGGAUCCUAAGUUAACCUGCUCGGUCAAGCCGUUUUAGCUGCUACUAUGUUACUAUAAAAACCAAAUUCUCUUACUGAAAUGAUCCUCAGUUUAAAUGCAAGAGAUCCCAAGAAUCUAAGCCAAUGGAGGAAAAUAGGCUCUGAUUUCAAAAUCAAAACAAACAAACAAACAAAAAAAAAAAACAAAAAAAACAUUUGGAUUUAAGUCCCAGUUUGUGAAUCAACAAUGAAAAUAAUACACUAUAUAAAUGUGGGCCAGGGACUCCAAUAAACAAAUCUAUUCGCAACCGAUUAUAAUCCCCCCUAAUUUAUAUAGGCCUAUAUUAUAAUAAAACUCAAAUAAUUUUCUUAUUUGAAAAUAACAGAGAUUUAAACAUUUCAUUAUUCAUAAAUAGGCUACAUCAAACUGCAUCCCAAAAAAUAAAUACAAUACUUUGAUAUAUGCCUAGGAUUUUAAGCCCAAGACCACAAAAUAACUUUUUAAAUAGACAAGGAAGAUACAAAGUGUGGAUGCUGAAGUAGUAAUAAUAAUAAUAAUGACACUAUUACAAUUAUUAAUAUCUGUAUAUUUUUUGUUAGGAAUAACUGGUUAUAAUCAAAGUUGAUUAAACUGCCUUCAAAAUGCCCCAGAAAUGUUCCUUCAGUGGGAGACAUCUCAGAAAACAGUGCUGACAUUAAACGA